UUGACUGAUGAAGACAGAUUUAUUGAACAUCUAGUUCCUUAAGAGCAAGAUGAAUUCCCAAAUUGGUGGACAGCCAUCUCAUCUAAGGGCAUGGUCCAAUUCACCCUUGCACUGGAGUCUUAAAACUGUCCAUUUACUUUGGAUUUUGCUAUAUUUGUACUUUUCAGAUAGCAUACUAAAAUUGUCAAUUUUCAUCUCAGAAAAAAGCCCUAAAUCUCUGGGCCAGUAUCUUCAUUGUAGAAGACAUACAGCACUUGCCAACUCAAGAAGAUCUUUCACAAGUGUGAUGAAUGCUCCUAGCAGCUGGGGUCAGAGAAUCCACCCCAAUUCUCCCCAUCUGCAGUGAGGAGGAGCUGAGAUAUGCCCACUGCCACAGACAUUGCUUUAUAGCUGGGUUUAGAAGUUUUCAAAGUUAAAACUUAAAUAAGUGUACUUUCCAGCUUGUGUUGGUCUGUACAGUGGGUAAAUGAAGAAAGCCAUGUGUUUAGUUUGAGGCUGGAAAACCUUGAGCAGCUGACAUUUGAUCUUUGCCUUUUGUAGCAGUGCCAUUUCUCAUUCUUUGUAUAUCUGCUUCCAAAUGCUUUCCCACUGACUGACUUUUACAGUAACAUAUCUGCAGAUUCCACAUUGUGGAGUCAACUGAAUAGAAAUGGGGUGGAUUCUCUGACCCCAGCUGCCUGUAUGGAAAUACAUAGUUUUUUCCCUUGUCAUUCCCUAAGCAAGACAGCUUAGGGAAGACACCACAUAGUGUGUGCAUUGUGUUUUACAAAUCACUUGGAGAUGAUUUCAAGUAGUUACAGGAGGACACUCGUAAGUCAUAUGUGACUCCUGUGCCACUUCAGUUAAGGGACGAAGCCUCCGCAGACAAGGACUAGCAGACAGUCCUAGAGCCAGAGCACCGAAGACAGACUACAUUCAGACUGGAGGCUUCACCAGGUGGCACACGCCUGUAACAUCAGCAAUCAGGAGCAGAUGCAAGAGGGUUCCCCAUGAGUUUGAGGCCAGCCUAAGCUCCAUAGUGAGUUCAAGGCCAGCCUCAACUGCAUAGCAAGACCCUGUUUCAAAAAGGUCAAACAGGCGUCGUGGGAUGGACCAGAAACAGCUGCUGCUGCUGAGCCCUGUAAUGACGGCAGAAGAGUCUCGCUGUUUUCUCACCAGAACGUGAGAUUAAGGUCACUGGAUCAGAUUACUCCAGGUUUCUCCAUUUUUUUCCUUUCAUUAAAAAUGCCAUCUUCCAUUAUGGGACAUUCUUACUCUGAAACAGUCAACAAAAACAUGAAUGUACUGUAAUAAUUCCAUGUGUGGGAAGUGUGAGAAAAUACUAGAUGAAGGUUGGGAAUGAUGUACUUUGGAUGAGUCGAUGCAAAGAAUACAGGGGACUCGUGACGGAGAGACUUCUGGUCAUUCAGUGUUAGGCUGGGUUAGAUCUGUGGAUUAAAUCAAAGAGGAUGUGCAGGGUUUUUAUCCAGAGCAGCGAGGUGACUUUGGCAGCUAAUAGCCCACAAGGAUUUUCUGCUCGGACCUUUGUCUGGACAGGAGCAACCUUCCAUGUUUAUAGUCUCACAGUUCUGAAUUCCCUUUGGAAGCCUGGGGAAGUAAGGAUGAUACAGUCAGACACAGGGGCAGAUCCACCAGACAAGGAGGAUAAGAAGUUUUCUACAGUAGACAACCCGGAGAAUGGCCUCUCUAGAAUCCUGAGGCUCCUGCUGCAAGAGCUGAGUCUGUUCUACAGCCGCGACCUGAGCGGCCUAUGUCUGCUGUACGACCUGCUGCACUCGCCGUGGCUGCAGGCGCUGCUGAAGGUUUAUGACCGCCUCCAGCAGUUUAGAGAGAAGAAACCAGCUCCUACCACACACUGUGCCCAGCAGUUAUCCCGAGAGGUAGUGGAGCUAUUACGUGAAAGCUCAAAUUCCCUUGAGAUCCAAGAGCUGAGACAAAUCCUCCAAGCUCCGCACUACGAGGCCUUGCUCCGAGCCCAUGACACAGUGGCACAGAAAGACUUUGAGCCUCUUCUGCCACCACUGCCAGACAGUCUCCCCGAGAAUGAAGAAGCAACGAGGAUUGUUUGUUUGGUGAAAAACCAACAGCCCUUGGGAGCAACCAUCAAGCGCCACGAGAUGACAGGCGACAUUCUGGUGGCCAGAGUCAUCCACGGAGGGCUGGUCGAAAGGAGUGGGUUGCUGUAUGCUGGAGACAAACUGGUGGAAGUGAACGGGGUUUCUGUUGAGGGGCUGCAGCCUGAGCAAGUGAUCCAUAUUCUGGCUAUGUCCCGUGGUACAAUCAUGUUCAAGGUGGUUCCGGUUUCUGACCCUCCUGUGAACAACCAGAAGACGGUUCACGUUCGCGCCAUGAUUGAUUUCUGGCCCCAGGAGGACCCUGCCAUCCCCUGUGCGGAUGCUGGGUUGCCUUUCCAGAGGGGCGACAUCCUCCAGAUUGUGGAUCAGAACGACGCCCUCUGGUGGCAGGCCCGGAAAGUCUCAGACCCUGUGACCUGUGCUGGGCUCAUCCCCUCUAACCACCUGCUCAAGAGGAAGCAACGGGAGUUCUGGUGGUCUCGGCCAUACCAACCUCACACCUGCCUCAAACCAUCCAUAUCGAUUUCUAUGGAAGAAGACGAUUACAUGAAGAUUGAUGAGAAGUGUGUGGAAGCAGAUGAAGAAACAUUUGAAUCUGAGGAACUUUCGGAAGACAAAGAGGAAUUCGUGGGCUAUGGGCAGAAGUUCUUUCUGGCUGGCUUUCGCCGCAGCCUACGCCUCUGUCGCAGGAAGUCGCACCUCAGCCAGCUUCGGGCCACCCUAUGUGGCACAGGCACUGGUGGUGGCUGUUGGACUGUGGGGGCUCCGUAUGAGGAGGUGGCCAGGUACCAGCGCCACCCAGCAGACAGGCACCGCCUGGUUGUGCUCGUAGGGCCUUCUGGCGUUGGAGUCAAUGAACUGAGAAGACAGCUUAUUGAAUGUAACCCCAGCCGUUUUCAGAGUGCUGUGCCACAUACCACUCGUUCCCCAAAGAGUUAUGAGAUGAAUGGGCGUGAGUAUCACUACGUGUCGAAGGAAACAUUUGAAAGUCUCAUAUAUAGUCAUAGGAUGCUGGAGUGCGGUGAGUAUAGAGGCCACCUGUACGGCACCAGCGUGGAUGCUGUUUGCACAGUUCUUGAUGAGGGAAAGAUCUGUGUCCUGGACUUGGAGCCCCAGGAUAUUCAAGUGGCUCGAACCAGUGAACUGAAGCCCUAUGUUAUAUUUAUAAAGCCAUCUAACAUGAGUUGUAUGAAACAAUCCCGAAAAAAUGCCAAGAUUAUUACGGACUACUUUGUGGACAUGAAACUCCAGGAUGAAGACCUACAAGAGAUGGAGGAAUUAGCCCAAAAGAUUGAGACUCAGUUUGGUCAGUUUUUUGAUCAUGUGAUCGUGAAUGACAAUUUGCAAGAUGCAUGUGCCCAACUGUUGUCUGCCAUACAGCAGGCUCAGGAAGAACCUCAGUGGGUACCAGCAACAUGGAUUUCUUCUGAUACGGAGGCUUAAUCAGGCCUCUUGCUUAAAACUAGAGUUUUAGCAUUGUACCCUUGUCACAGAGACAACAGCAGUAUUUGAACCUAAUAAUGUGAGCUGGUUUAUUCAAUCAUUCUUAUUUGAAGAAAUGCAUGGUUAUACACGAUAUUUAUCAUAUGUAUUGCAUAGUUCCACAAGUAAAAUUUUCCUGUAUCUUAUAUGAAAAAUUUUCCUGUAUAUUAUAUGAAACAGCGAUAGGAAUAAACAUAAUGUUAACUCAGACAAUAAAAAUUUUUCAUAGCCUGUA